GAAGGAGCUCCCUGAGGCUGCAGAGGGAAUCGCUGCCUGAGAGAGGAGGGGGAAGGGAAGGAGCUUUUGACGGCUGUAGGAGCCGCUUCCCGAGGGAAUAGAAUCAUACAAUAGUUUGGGUUGGAAGAAACCUUAAAGAACAUUCAGUUCCAACCCCUCUGCCAUGGGCAGGGACACCUCCCGCUGGAUCAGGCUGCUCAAGGCCCCAUCCAACCUGGCCUUGAACACUUCGAGGGAUGGAGCAUCCACAGCUUCCCUGAGCAGCCUGUGCCAGUGCCUCACCACCCUCAUACUGAAGAAAUUCUUCCUUAUGUCAAGCCUAAAUCUGCCCCUGUCCAGUUGAUAGCCAUUCACUCUCAUCCUAUCACUACAAGCCUGUGUAAACAGUCCCUCUCUAGCUUUCCUGCAGCCUCUUCAGGUACUGGAAGGUCGCUAUAAGAUCUCCUCGGAGCCUUCUCCAGGCUGAACAACCCCAACUCUCUCAGCCUGUCCUCGUACAGGAGGUGCUGCAGCACUCUGAUCAUCUUUGUAGCCCUCCUCUAGACCCAUUCCAACAGCUCCAUAUCCUUCUUAUGUUGAGGAUUCCAGAACUGGACACAGUACUCCAGAUGAGGUUUCACAAGUGAGGAACAGAGGGGCAGAAUUCCAUCCCUCGCCCUGCUGGCCAUGCUUCUUUUGAUGCAGUCCAGGAUACGGUUGUCCUUCUGUGCUGCAAGCACGCAUUGCUGGCUGACGUUGAACUUCUCAUGGACCAGGGCUGGCAUGGUGGAGGGAAGGAAGGAGCUGCUGGUGGCUGCUGGCUGCCCCCCCAUGGCUGCAGGCUCCAUCCCCACGUUGCUUGUCCCGCAGGACCCCACUCCAUGAGGGGAGAGUACAGUGGGAUCUGUGGGAGUGCUGCUCGCCUCCAGAAACAUCCCUGCCCUGAUCGCUUUCAGCUGAAGUUCAGUUAGUGUCUUUCUCUGUAAGGGAUGUCAGUCCAGGGAGAUGGGACUGAAAGAUUAUUAUGAAAAGGCAAAAAAAGGUGACAGUUCAUAGGGUUGUGAGCUCUCGGUACGGAGAAGACCAGGUGUUUUGAGACCUCUCUGUUGAGGGUCUGUGAUGGAAGACCAAAGUUUGCCAGUAAUUUUUGCUUCAGCCUUUAAGAUAGACAUCACAAGGCACAAAGCAAGGAGCUUGGUGUUUGCCCUUUUGUAAGAGGGACACCCGCAUCAAAUAUGGUGGAGGAAUGGACAAAACUCUUUAUAUAACUAAAGGAAAAAAAAAGGUUGCUAUUUCUGCUUCGGAUUGUCUGAGUAGCGUAGUUGCAAGGAUUAUAUAGCUUAUUCCAUCUGCUAAGGCAGAUGGGAAUAUGAGAAAAAAGGCAAGUACUGCUCCAUCAAAUGCUUCAUCAACUUUCUCCAUGUGCUCUGGGAAAUACUCUUCAUAUGCUCUUGGUAUUGGUGAGAGGAGAGAAACUAUAGCCAUCAGCUAGGUUUUUCCAGCUCUGGAUAUGCUUCAGAAGCCCAUAGGAAUGCUAGAAGUUGUUUUCCUAGAAGUUGUUAUGAGGUUGACUCAACUCUUUCGAGGAGCUAUGUGGUAAUAUCUGGCUUUUCCUUGUUCUAACUAGCCCCCUGGGAUGACUUAAAGAUCGAACAAAACAAACCAAGCUCAUCGUCUCUCCUGUUGCCUUCUGCAGUUACUCACUCCAUUUGAACUGAUGAAUCAUAAAACCAAUUGACAGGUAAUAUCCAAUGUAAGGUUAGCAGUCUGAAAUCUUUAACUUUGAUGCAAAAGCCUGUUUUCUCAUCUAAGAUUCUAGCAUCACUGAUUUUGGGUUUCGGCUAAAGAAAAAGAAAUCAAGAAAAGAUGGAUUGGAAUGUAAGACCACUCCAGAAUGCUGAUAAAAGGAACCUGCAAAGUGAAGAAGCAUGUUAUACUCAGUUGUUUUCUAAUGCACAUGGUUUUCCACAAGCAAAUGCCAGUUCCUCUAACAAUGCAUGCACUUAUGCUGGAAAUAACCAAACAGUGUAUCUGCCAACUAGCAACAUUGCUUUCCCUCUUGUAAAUGCUGAAGGAUUCAGAACUUCAGAUCAGACCUUACCAGGCGCACCUGUAGCUGGUAAUGAAUCUGUUACCUCAAAAUACUCACUUAAUCGACCAUCUUGCGUGCCAAUAGCUCCCAAACCUCCCAAUCACACCACACGCUUACAGGCAGAAAUGACUCAGACUUGGACAAACUCUAAUGGUUACAUUUAUUCCUAUAGAAGAAAGUUACCUGUCCUGGCUUCUCAAGUGAGUGCUGGAAAUAAUGUGAGGAAUGUAGUUCGGCAAUCUCAGCAUGUCACCACAAACACUUACACUGUGCAGCCACAAAUACUGCAGCAUAACUCUGUAAGAACUACGUUAUAUCAAAGUAACAUUCAUCCCCAGAAUAGUUCUGCAUCUCUUGCUCCAUCUGGGCAACAUGUCCAAAACCAAAUGUAUCUUCCCAACAGUCAGCUUAUAGUUUUCAACUCACAGAAUCAAAAUACUGCAGCAAACGUGCAGCUGCUGCAGUAUCAACAGAGUCAGAUGGGAUCAGAAGCUCCUAGCAGAUUUUCUGCACCACCUUUGUUGCCUACCAGCUGUGAUUCGAGAGCUACAGCACAGUCUUCAAUAGGUGUGCUGCAGGCAGUUCAAAAUGUGCCUGGUGGAUACACCUUUAGUCAACAGAGCUGCCCAACAGAUCCAAAAAAUGCUUCUGGUUUAAACAGUGUUCAGCAGCACUGUCAGAAACUGCAAUCUGGAGAAUUCGGUCAAUCAAUUGGGAACGUCUGUAUUUCAAGUGGAAAUGUGACUGCAAGUCAGCCUUUUAAUGAAAUGUGUGUGCCAUCCCCUGGCAUUUCCAAAGAACUUUAUAGUAUUUUGCAAGAAAUGGAAACUCUUUCUUCGGGGGCUGCUGCGAGUAAGGUGAGUCAUCAUACUUCAGUUCAAGAAAGCCAGACUAGUAGUUUGAGUGGGCCUGUUAAUUCUGAAAUGUCUUCAUCAGGAGCAGAUGGAAGAAUUAUUACAAAGGACAGACUAGCCUGGGAAGCUGAAAGGCUGCUCUCUAUUAAAAAAAGAUGCGCCCUGCUUGAAAGGGUGCAUUGUUAUAAAAGAAAACUCUUAGCAGCUUCGCAACAUGACAAAAGUACUCUCCCACCUCCUACAAGUUGUCAAGGUACGUUAACUAAUAGUCUUAUGCCCAACUACAAUGUACCACCUUCGCCAUCUAAAACAAUGAGAACAGAAAUUCCAGUAGUUAAUGCUUCACCUGAAGAAACAAACAACAUAAACAUAGCCAGUGCUGAUAACAGGGGAUUAGAAGUGACUCAAAGUAAUUCUCAAAUGGAGCAGGGAAGUCCUUCAUCAAGUUCUGCUCCUAUUCCCUCUCAGAGCAAUCUCCCAGCUCAAAUAAAUACUCCUGAGAGCACUCCCAUCUUGGAACAAAAAGAUGUAUGUGCCUCGGCCUCUUCUCAAAGAGUGGGGACAUCCUUGAACAAUGCUUCAUGUUUUAGUCAAGUGGAUAGCUCUAACAAAAUUGCAUCAACGAAUGUGCCAAUUAACCCCAAGAACUCAUCAUUUCUUCAGUUUGUAUUGAGCAGCACAAAUGUAUUGAAAGAGAAGACAGCUGGUGCUACUGCUGAUAAAAUACUGACUAGUCUCCUAUGUAGUGAAAAAACACUGACAGAUACGUCUGUCUCAAGUAGAAGCUCAAUAAAAGACACUAGUGAGAAGAACACAGAAAGUUUGAAAGGUGAGCAGGUAUUUAUGGUUAACACAAACUCUCCUGUAUCAGAAACAACCAAAUCUGGUGAAGCUCAGAAAAAAACACCGUUUACUGAAAAUGCAACUUCUAAACAGAGCAAUUAUAGUUACUCUAUGGAAGAGCUUACUGCAUGCUUGGGCUUGUGGAGAAAGCAUCCAUCGGAAUCUGCAAGUGUGCAAAAUAGCCAGUCAAAUGAAGGCCUCACGGCAAAUCAGAUUUCACCUUAUAGCCAAAAUACGAAAAAUAGAGAACAAAAUAAUGUUCUGGAUAGUACAAAUGAAGGAAUUUUGCCUGUAACUGCUUCUGCAGGACAAAAACUUGAUACGUCAAGUUGCAAUUUGAUAAAAAGUUUUGAACUCCAAGUUGCAGUUGUCUCUCCUUUAGUGCUUUCUGAACAGAAAACACAGAAUGAGGAGGCAGACAAAUAUCUAAUGUCCGCAGGCAAAACCUAUCCAGUGACAGACUCAGGAAGCACAUGUAACUUGCAGGAAGAGGGGAAAAACGGUUUAAGUGUGGUAAAUACUGAUAAAGGAACAACUGAAACUCUUUGGUCAUCACCCCAUGAUUGUGUUCUGGUGUCGAAAGUGGACUCACAACUGCCACAGACAGAUUUGGCUGAUGGAAAGAGAAUAGUGAAAAUUGGCAUGAGUGCAAAUGAUUCAUGUGAUGAAAACCAAAGGAAAGUUAGUCAAUCUGCACAAGAUGCCAGAGAAAAUCCACAGCUUGGGUUACAAAACAAGCCUUCUAUUCCAGAAUUGGGAGUAAAUUUUUCUAGUAAAAUCUUUCAGGAAGGUGUAACAGACAAUAAAGACAAGCAAGGUGUGUUAGAGACAGGAAAUGCAUCCACAGCUGUGUUGGACAAACAGAUGUUUUGUAUUUCUAGUGUAUGUUCUCUUGUUGAAGGUAAUACCUUUUACAAUCCACAAAUAGCAAGUAUCUUCAAGUCAGCCCCUGAGACGCAUGCAUUAAGUGGUACCUUGUCAGAAGGAAAUGCACCUGACACAAGGCAAAAGGAGCAACGGCUAGACUUGUGUAAAAAUGAGCUGAGUAGCAAGACUCAUCAAAGUAAGAGUUCAUUGCAAAAGAUGGAAGAAUCACUAAGCUGCAUGAGUAAAGCAGGUAGAAUUUUGGAUUGUACCACGACUAGUCAUUUGGAGAAAGAAAGCAGUGGCAAUCCUCUUAAAACAAUUUCUACCUCAGAAAAAAAAAUGUCAUUCAAUGCAUCUCCUAAGCAUCCUGAAAAUGACUUGGAAAUUCUUGCUAGUAUAAAUCAGGAGUUAGCUCAAAAUUCACUAGAUUUCUCGAUCGAUGUAACUGCUGAAGCAAAUGGUCUCACUGUUCCAAGAGACAGCAGCAUGCAAAACUAUAUCUCUAGUAAAAACACAGAAAAAGAGAUGAACCUUUUUGAAGUAGAACCUAUUAAGUGUCUAAACAGUCAGCUGUCUGAACUAGUGAAAGAGUUUCCGUAUGGCAUUGAAGGUGCUGAUAUGCUAACAAAAGAACCUGUACAAUGUGAUUCUGCGGCUGAGCGGAUGGAAAAUAACCUUCAAAAAGAGAUUCAAAUUUGUGACAAAAAGUCUCAUUUGAAGAACCCAGUAGAUCAGAUAGAAAUUACGGUGUUAACCUCUGCUCAGAUGCAAGAACUGGUUCCUGAACAUAACCAGUCUUCCUCUAGUGACAGCAGUAGAGUAGCGAGUCAGCAGUUAGUAAAGGCGUCAGCUGAGGAUAACCUUGAAGGCAGUAUUCAGCCUAGUCAAAGUCUAUGUGAGAAGAAAAAAACCCGAGAAACUUCCAGCCCCAUGGAAAAAAAAAAACCCUGUUCUCCAAGGACUUGGAUAUCUAAUCUGCCACAGAGCCCCGGUAAAUAUAGCACAUCUGCUUCAGAGAAAAGUGAUCAAAUUUCAAAAGCUGAAAACACUGGCUCUGCAGAGACACAAGAAAACAACAGUAAAUGUGAUGCCAUAAUGAAGAACAACUGUCCAGUGGGAAACCUGCGAAUUUCUGAAAAAAUCCCAAACAGCGAUAACAAAAAUAAAAAAGAUAUUUGCAGAAACACCUCUGUAAUGAAUGAAAAAGCUAACGUAACAGUGCAUAAUGAGUACAAACUGCUUACAACACAAAAGGACAAAAUUGAACCGCUUAAUUCCUCUGAAAACGAGGAUUUUGAUAAAUCUAGAAGGAACAGCUGGAAUGAGGAGCCAGAAGUCGUUGGAGAAGCCCCAUUAUUACGCAGAGAAUUUCAUUCUGACAAAAAAGAACAUCAGACAGUCUCAGAAGAGUUGUCAGAGAAAGCUGAUCAUACAGAUGCAGACAGCAUGACAAAGUCAUCCAAAAAAAAAGACAGAGUUUCCAAAAUUGAGUCCCUUUCAAAAGAUAAAAGCCAAACAGGUUUGGCUGUGAAAUCCGAAACUGAUAUUCACAAAUUUACAGAGUCAGAAACUGUAGAAAUUAAGCAUGAUGAAAUCAGUCAAGGACAGAAGAUGAAAACCUGUGAAGAGAACUCGGCUGAAGAACAGAACUGUAGGAAACAAAAGGAGAUAGUUGGGCAAGAUGUAGAAAUGAGCAUCAAAGAGAAAGCCAAAUUAUCAGCAGAAAUAAAACAUAAAAAGGUGAAUAGUUAUCGUGCUGAUGCUAUAAAGUUCCCAAAUUUUGGCACUGUAGAUUUGAAGUCAAGAAACCACAAAAACUUUCAGCAUAAAUCUGUGAAAGUUCAUCCUUCGCCAGAGCGGUCGUACAAACGGAAGAGAAAGGAAAAUAUGAUUGGGAAAAGAGACUCUAAGAAAACAAAGGUGGAAGAGGAAAGACUGAAACAAUCUGAAGCAAAGAAUUCCAAGCAGCUUUCACAUAACUGCAUGAUAAGUACUGAAAAAGCUAAAAAAUUAAAUGGAGAAAGUGGCAGGAAACUGAAGAGUUCAUUAGCAGAAUUCGCUGUGCUUAAACUACAGAGAAAAGGGGCUCAACCUUCUACCAUCUCUAAAAACUACUUUUCUAACAAAGAACGAUGUCUAGAUAGUCAAAGCAAAGAAAAGUACUCUGAGAAAGUGUUUUCUGAUAAAAACCUGCUAUACUUAAACAGAAGAAAUAACAGAUUAAAAUUGCAUCUUCAAAAGGAACCGAAAAAACACUACUUGAACAGAGUUGCAUUUAAACGUAUGGCACAGGAACGCAUAUAUCUGACAAAGUUAGAGACAUCACCUGUCAGACCCGUCUGGCAUAGGAAGACCAAAGUUUCACAGAACAGCCCAAAUGUGAAAAGACACAUUUCUGUCUCAGAAGCUGAGAAAUCCUGCAAACCAGAAUUACUUGAAUUUAAGCUGUGCCCAGAGAUACUGUUCAGAGACCCAGCCACUGAUGAAGAAAGCUUAACUGCGAAGAAUUCAUUGGAAAAAGAGAAAGCCAUUGUGGCAGGGGUCAAGAGUAAAAAAGAAGAUUGGUUAAAAUAUGAUACAGUGAAGCAGAAAAAUAUGAAAGAGAACUUUACAGCUGAGGACAGUAUUCCACUUGAUACAGCUAUACAGAUCCUGGAUGGAGAUGGAGAGGCUCUUCACAUUCCAGUCAAAGACUCAAAAGAGAUGUUUCAGACCUACAGGAAAAUAUAUAUGGAAAAAAAGAUGCAAAAGCCAUGAUAACACUCCUGUAUCAUCAGUCUUACUCAGUAUCACUAGGAGAAAAAUGCCAACAAUAAAAUGCUUUUUCCCCGUUUACUUCAUAUUUCUGAAUAAUUGUAAAAAAAAUAAAAUAUAAAAUAUUUUGGGGAGUGUUGGCAAUUUUUUUUCCCCUAUUUGCCUCAUAUUUGUGAAUGAUCGAGAUCUUACUCUGUAUUUGUGGCACAAAUAUGCUUUGGUGCUGAAUGUGCCAUUGUCAAAUGUAUUGUUUCUUUUUUGGCAUAAUUGAAUCUCUUUUAUUUAAAGAUAGAGGAGUGAGUUGAACCUGUGACAAAAAAACUCAGUGUGAUUUAAGUUGUUGUAGCCUGUUUUCUUUUCUGAUUCUGGAAAACUUCUACUUGCAGUGCUUUCCAUUGCUGGCAGUGGAAAAAUAUUCCUGCUGAAAAGGGAUUGCAGUGGAUUCCCAAACAUUACACCUUUACUGUCUGCUUACGUUAGUCUCGUUGUUGUGCUUCUAACAAGACUUUCUAUUUUUGUAGAAACUUUUUCUUUUCUUUAACUGGGAAUACAAAUACAAAACCCUCAAAUCAAACAUACAGAUCAGGGGAUACCGUGAAGUAUUUAUGCUGCUACCCAGUUUUCCUGCAUUUCUUGUAUGAAUUGAAUUCUGAGUCAUCUUCUGAACACAGUGCUGUAAAAUGAUAGUUGACUGAAGACUUCUCUUCUCUUGUUUUUCUCUCUUUACACCUGAAAGAAAAGUGUGAUAGUUAAAGUGCAGGGAGUUUGAAUUCACUCAUCUGGACCAUGUUGCUCACUUUAACCAGACUGUAAUUAGUUUCUUUGUUUAUGAAGUAUUAAAUAAGUGUUUGACUACACGUUCACUGUAGCAUAGAAGUUAUAUUUGAUGCUGGAUAUCUUUUGUUUAAGUGCCUUUUCAUUAUUGUUUGGAACUUUGAAUCAUAUUUUUUCAGAAACUUGGUACUUGAUUCUUUCUAUCUGUUAAAACUUUUAUACUAAAAGUAAAAAUCUUGUAGAUAUUCCUUCGAACAAUUUUUAUACUUUAAAUAAACUUUUGA